AUGGGCAAGACGAAAUCCAAGAACAAGCGAAAGCAGCCGCCACCCAAGAAGGUGGAGGAAAGCGAGAGUGAAGAAGAAGAGCAAGACUUUGGAGAUGACGAAUCCAUUGACGAUGACGAGGCUUUCAACUCGGACGAUGAACGAAAAUAUGGAGAUUUCUUUGACAAAGACGAUGACAGCGAUGGUGAUGAUGAGAGUGUCACAUCGCAAGAUUCCGAUGAGGAUUCGGAUGAUGACGAUGAAGAAGAAGGAGAUGGUGGUCAGUAUAUGCUAGACCUACUCAAUCAACUGGACGCUCCCAAGGACGACAAGGAUACUGCCAAAAAGGAACAAAAAGCCAAAGCCGCCGCGUCCCAUCAAGUCCCCGAGUCGGAAUUUGCCUCUUCGGUCGUCCAGAAAGGCUCCUUGACAUUGGAUUCGUUAAUGGCUGGACUGGAAGAUACCAAAGGCUUUGGAGUAUUGCAAAAGUCACUUUCCAAAAUUGCACAAGGACAAGCUACUGCCGCACCGGUCGCCAAGGCCGUGUCCAAACGAGCCGAACGCAAAGUCCAUUACGAAGAUCAAGCCAAACAAGUCUCGCUGUGGCUGCAAGCCGUGCAACAAAAUCGACAGGCGGAAACAUUGGACUUUCGCCCCCGCGGGCGCAUGGAUGUCACACGCGAAAGUCUCAUUGACAAGUUUGUCCCCACGACGGACUUUGAAAAGGCCAUUCAUGCGGCACUGGCACAAGCGGGUGACCAAGAAGAAGACGCUAUUUUGCAGGCCGAAGAAGCGGAAUUCAUGAAACAAGACGAUCUAGGCGAUCAUGACCUCACCAUGGAGGAGUUUCAAAAGCGACGCGGAGAAUUGGCCAAGAUGAGGGCACUCAUGUUUUAUCACGAACAAAAGCGUCAUCGCAUCAACAAGAUCAAAUCCAAAAAGUACCGACGCAUUCGCAAAAAGCAACGAGAACGGGCUCAGGAAGCCGAGCUGGAUGCCGAUGCACAGGAGAAUCCUGAUCUCUUGAAAGAAUUGGAGGAAAAGGACGAAUACGACCGCAUGAAGGAACGCAUGACACUGGCGCAUAAAAACACCAGCAAAUGGGCCAAACGAAUCCUGAAACGAGGCAAGAAUGUGGAUGCAGAUACCCGCAAGGCACUCUCGGCGCAAUUGGCGCGAGGAGAUGAUCUCCUUCAUAAAAUGAAACACGCCAAGAAUAAUGACGGGCAAGAAGACGACAGUGAUGCCGAUGACAGUGAAGACUUGGUGGAAUCGGCUCGAAAAGUCUUGCUAGAAACAACGCAAGAGGAAGGAGAAGAAGAUACCGAGCGAAAAGGACUCUUCAAACUCAAGUUUAUGCAACAGGGUCUCGAACGACAACGAGAAAUUGCCAAGGAAGAAGCACGUCAACUAUUGCGAGAGUUGGGAGCCAAUGAAAAGCUGGACGACUAUGACGAUGCCGUUAUGGACGAUGAGAUGGACGAUGCUGAUGAUGAGACCGCAAACAAGAAGAAGAAGAAACGCAAACUAGCUUCCCAGGAAUCCAUGAAGAGCGUCAUUAACGAUGGAGAGCUGGUGGCGUCCUCUCUCAAGUUUGGAAAAUCCAAUGCCAUUGCCACCAGUGGUGGGAUUGACAUUGAUUUGGGCAUUGACACAUCCACAGAUGUGGAGAAGGAAGACGACAAUGCUACAGAUGGCAACAAGAAAUCCAAAAAGAAGAGGAAGAAGAAACAACAACAGCAAAACAGUCCGACUGAAGCCAAGCCUCAGCAAGUCAAGACAGACAACAACGCACUGGAAAACGAGGGGAAGAAACAGCGAAAGAACAAGAAGACACCAAACAGUCAAGGAUCCAACGGCACAGAAAAGGACGACGUCGAAGGCAAGCCGGAGGAGAAGAAAGAAUCCAAGAAGAAAAAGAAGAAGCGAAAGAAAAAGGGCCAGUUCGUCGAAGAUGUAGAAGAAGUCACAGAGGAGACAAACCCCUGGAUUUGUGCUGCUGGAUCGGACGACAAGUUCACAACAACAAUAGGCCAAAGUGUCAAGGCCAGGACGAGAGCACAAUCCGCUCUGAAAACCGGCGUGGUAAACAUGGAGCAAGUGGUAAAUGCCCUGGACAGUAGCGUGAAUCGUCCAAAGGAACAACAGCACGGUGAUGACAACAAUCAAGCCAAGAACAAGAGCAUUACCCAUUUGUCCCAAGAGGAGCUCGUGCGCCGAGCAUUUGCACGUUCCGAUGCCAAGGAAGUGGAGGACGAGUUUGCCCAGGAAAAAGCCGAGGUGGAAGACGAAGACAACGAUACCAAGACGGCUAGCCAAAAGAAGAAGGAAAAGGACAUGGCCGUGGUAUCCGGGUGGGGAUCUUGGGCGGGCGAGGGUGCCCCACCCUCCAAGCCUCCUUCCAAGCUGCCCAAGCACUUGCAACCUCCUCCCAAAAAGAAGCAGCAAAAGGCAGGCCGCCAAGAUAUCAAACGUCCCAAUGUGAUUAUCCGUGAGAAACGAGUCAAAAAGACGGCGGACAAGUUCAUGUUGAAGGCCAUCCCGUACCCAUUUACGUCCCGCGAGGAAUACGAACGAGCCAUGAGUGGUUCGAUGGGGAAGGAAUGGAACGUGACGGGCAGUGUGAAGGAUAUGACCCGUCCCGAGAUUCAGACGCGACCCGGAAAGAUCAUUCAACCACUUUCAAUGAAGGUCAAGCAGCAGCAACGAGGCCCAGCCAAGUUCUAA